AGAGAGAGUUUUGGUUGCAUUUUUGUAUUCACUUUCAUUGAAUUGAUUUGGCGUCGUGUUGUGCUGUGCAGUGACCAUGGCACUCCCGUGAGAGGGACAAAAGGGAAAACAAAUAGUAUUAUAGGAUCAACCUCCUUAUCCUGCGCACCUCUCUCUUUUCCUGCACCAACUACCACCCCAGUCCACUCCCUGGUGGUCUCCUCAAUUUCUCCAAGGGGACCCCUCCCCUGCGAAUGCAAACCUCUAAUGAUUAUCGUCAGUGCACGUUGUUGCACUUUCCGCAAAAUUUAUGUGACCCCAUUUGUACCUGGUUUUCUUAUCACUCUCUAACCGCUUCGUCACGCCCUGAUCUGCUUGGAUUUGGGCUUACUUUGAUGAAAGAACAAGACCCAUUUGCGCUUAUUGGCUGUGAUUCUCGAAUUCAUUCUCUUUCAGAUCUGGGUCUCUGUAAAGAUAUUUAUUGCAGAGAAAAGGAUCUUUCUUUUUGAGCAGCUGGUGCCAUUCCUUUGAAUUCUUGGGGUACAUGAAUGCCAAGGCUGUCCAAUGUGGUUUAGUCAUGUGAAAAUUUGUGUCAAUGUGGUCUAAUUUGUUUUGUGUGGAUGGAUGUAUGCGAGUCACAGCAAGCAUUGCGGAAGCACAGGGCAGUGGGGACGCCAAGACCACCGUUGGUCCCGGCCGAAAAGAACAAUGCAGUCUCCACCGGCCGCCUUUGGACGAGGGACGUUAGUUCUAGGUACAAGUCACCUUCCCCUGCAAGGCCGGCCACUCCCCGGCGUUUCCCUUCUCCGAACCUCACAAGAACACCGCCGACUUCCUCCCAUGUGGCAUCUAAGCGAGCCCAAUCAGCCGAGAGGAAGCGGCCUUCUACACCCUCUUCCCCAUCUAGGCCGUCCACACCAGUCCAUGAUUCAACGGUUAAUAUACAAUUGUCAUCCAGAAGAAUAGGGCAUGGUCGGUCACCAGAGGGUUUAUGGCCUUCCACGAUGCGUAGUUUGAGUGUUUCAUUUCAAUCUGAUGCUAUAUCAAUUCCUAUUGGUAAGAAGGAAAAACCGGUGAAUGCUUCUUCAGAUCGCACUUUGCGGCCGGCAUCAAAUGUUGCACAUAAACAGGUAGAGACACCUUCUAUGGCGCGCAAAACUACGCCGGAGAGGAAGAGGAGUCCUCUUAAAGGAAAGAAUGUGCCUGAUCAGUUGGAGAAUUCUAGACCAGUUGAUGGUUUACAUACCCGACUCAGAGAUCAGCAUCGAUGGCCAAGUAGAAUAGGUGGGAAGGUAAAUUCCAAUGCUUUGAGUAAAAUUGUGGAUCUUGGUGAAAAGACAAUCGGCGCUUUAAGUGCCCCAGUCCCGGGAAUUGGGUUAUCUCUGUCGAGGAGAACACCUACUACAUCUGAUGGUAUAGGUAAACAGUUACAAAAGUCUGCAAGUGAUGGCACGAGGCUGUUAUCAACACUCAAUGGGAGUGCUGGAUUAGGAUUUGAGGCAAAUUCAAUUGGCGGUAAUCCACUGCAGGCAGUUGGACCUCACAAGUCUGUUUCUACUAGUUUAUCAGAUAGGACAACAUCAGUGACGCCUGCAGCUCGAUCCCAGUCCUUACCCAGUCCUAGAUCACGGAUACCUUCUCCUAAUAAGGCCUUGGUGGUGUCAUCCUCUGUUAAUAGAGGUGUCAGUCCAUCUCGGACCAGACCAUCAACUCCUCCUCCAGUUGGGAUUAGUCCAUCUCGGAUUCGGCCUUCCAAUCCUUCUACUCAAUCCAACGGUACUGCUUCUGUGCUUAGUUUUAUUGCGGAUGUUAAAAAGGGAAAAAAGGGUACAAGCUACAUAGAAGAUGCUCAUCAACUGCGACUGCUAUACAACAGAUGUUUGCAAUGGAGAUUUGCAAAUGCCCGGGCCAAGGCUGUAUUUUAUAUUCAGAAUGUAAUUGCAGAGAGAACUUUAUUUAAUGUUUGGAACAACACUACACUAGAUCUGUGGGAUUCAGUAAUCAGGAAAAGAAUCAAUCUCCAACAGUUGAAGCUAAAGCUUAAGCUAAACUCAGUUUUGAAUGAUCAAAUGGCCCACCUCAAUGAUUGGGCUCUACUUGAAAACGAUCAUAUUCAUUCUUUAUCUGGGGCUGUGGAAGAUUUAGAGGCAAGCACUGUUCGUCUUCCAGUAACCACAGGGGCAUGGGCAGAUAUUGAAUCUUUGAAGGCUGCCAUUUCCUCUGCUGUUGAUGUUAUGCAGGCAAUGGGAUCCUCUAUAGGCUCUUUGCUCUCAAGGGUGGAGGGCAUGAACAUUCUGGUUUCCGAACUUGCUGUCAUGGCAGCAAAGGAGAAAGCCACAGUUGAUGAAUGUGAAGCAAUGUUGGCUUCAAUGGCCGCUAUGCAGGUAGAGGAAUACAGCCUUAGGACACAUCUCAUGCAAAUGGAACAAGAUCUGGAGAAUGGUAAGCAACCAAUUUUGUCAAUCAAGGCGCUUCCAUGGCCCUGACCGGCUGCUAAGCUAACAACUUACUGCUUUGUCACUUCAGCAGAUACAAAUAAUUGUCUGCUCGGUUCAUUGUGAAUGUAAAUUAUUAUUAUUUUUUCUCUUCUUUUCUUUUUUAAAGUUUUUUUUUAUGAUAAUUAAUCAUGUUUUAUCUCAUUUUUUACCCUUUCCUCAACACGAGCUAUUGGCUCCAUCUUCUACUUGUAAUUUUUGUAUCAUGCACAUGAAAAGAAAAUGCAAAGGAAGCAAAAAAAAUGAAAUUCACUGAGAUUUGUAGGCU